AUGGGAAGAAAGAUCAUCGAACUUGAUAGGAAAGAGAACAAAAAUCGAUUGUCUUGGGAAAGUUGGUGGACGGUAGCGGAGUGGGUUGAAGACCUUUGGCUCUGGAGUGGUCUGAAAAAGAUAAUUCAUAUUUGGAAUGAAAGUUGUAUGAUUGCUUACCGUAACCUCCUCUUCCUCCUCUUCCUCUUCAACUUCCUCUUCUCCGUCAUUGCUCUCAACAACUUCAGCUUCAUUAUCAUUUGUCUGCUCUCCUUCUGUCUCAAGUUGCUCAGUCUCCUCAUCUUCCUCCUCAGCAACUGGAGUUGUUGGCUCUUGAGUGGUAGUCUUGACAACCUUUGGUGCAGAGGUAGUGGUGAUUGGCUCGAAGUCAACUGGCUUCUCACCCUUGGCACAGAUCAUACGGUAUACCCAGACACGGACUCCUCCUCUGAAAUUUAUUCUGGCGUUAGCAACAAAGUCAUAUUCAGCUCCUCCCUUAUCUCCAUAAAGAUCCUUAGCAGCAACCUCUCCUCCCUCAUAGAAACUUCCAGCAGAGACAACAUCAGUUCCAACGUAAAUCUUGUUCUUGGAUUGCAUGGUACAGCAACGGAGCAAGAUGCUCUCACCGUUUGGAGCCCAUCUCAUUCCGGAGAAGACAUCGGUCUCGGCACGGCAAGAAGUUUGGUCCUAGAAUUAUAA